AUGACCAUCACUGCUGGUGAAGUGCUGGCAACUGACCCUUCGUCAGGCGGUCUCCCUAGUGUAGGUGAAGGUUCCCCAUCUCUCAAAUGUGCAGUUUUAAAGGAUGGCAUCGUCUUUUUAAGUCUGGGACUCCCCACUGUCCCUCUGGACAUGAAGGCGGGCUACAGACUUGUAGAAGCCAGCAUCGUUUUCGAACGUAGAAAAACUUUACACAGAAGCCGACACAACGCUGAGGCUGUAUUGGUUUAGAUUGAGAUGUUAUUGUGCAAAUGUCACGACUACAAACCCAGGCGAGGCGGAAAACAUGUAAGUCAGUUAUUAUGAGCCCUUACUACCACAUGGCACCAGUGGCGUUAUAUAAUUUGCGGUUUCGAAUUUUGUAGCUUAGAUCUCUGUUUGAUCCAACAAAACUAAACUGAAAAUAGAAACUUUAGCUAACUUAGUUGAAGUUCGAUGUUUGAUUUCGGAAAGAAAUGAUUAUUUAAUGCAACUUUUCCUUGAACUGAUUGUUUGGCUAUUGGCUGCUUUGCUGACAAGUUGUUAAUUUGUGUUACCUAAGAAAAGUGCACCAUUGAUCGACUGGCGUUAUAUAAGUUUAAUUUUGUAUUUUCUGAUGAAAAUGUGAAAAAAUAUUGUGCAUGCGUCACGGUAAAACGACAGAUUAUACAUUUGUGUAUUUAUAAAUGUGUACACACAUGUAUAUAUGGAUUUACAUUGUCCCUUCUAGUCUGUAAGACAACUGCUUGGGCCGGAAAAUGAUUUGCGUUUAGGACGGGGUUUAUCAGAAAGUACACCAGCAAACUGAAGGGACUGUCUUUACACUAAAUUUCUGCCUGGAUUUUAAUUACUAGCGGCAAAAAAUUAGCUAUAAACUCAACGUUACAGAUAACAGGAGGUAUUGGUAUAGAAUUUCAGAACGGCCAAUAUAGUUCGCAGCGUUAUUAUCUGAAUAUUAAACGCGCAUUUUAAUAAAACCCCGACUGGUGAUCUUUGACUUUAACAAAAAAAUACAUUUGCUAGAGGUGAACUCAGCCCCGCUCGCAGACAAGACAUUUUUUUGACUCUAAAGAACGAAGGUCAUACCGAUUUCGGCGUGGAAGCCACUUAAAGUUCUAUUGCUAACGGGUAUACCUUUUUCGUAACUUUUUUGCGGUCCGUACGUCCCAAACUUAAAACUUCUGACUUGAGUGUCUACUUCGAUGUAGGCAUCAAUAGGGAACCCUAGGCAAACGAAGUCGUCCAACUGCCUUAGGAUAGCAUUCUCGACAAAGUCAGCUAGCUACAACCAUGAAGAAAUUAGAUACUAUUUUGGUUUGUACGAAGACAACGAUCGCAGAAUGGCCAUGCGUCUCGCUUCCCGAAAAUGGCAUUCGAGUAGCGAAUCAGAGUCGCCGACGCGAGCUGACAUAGGCAUGAGACGACUGCGCUGAUCUCGAUGUACAUAAGUGCAGACGUCGUCCAAUACCAACUCCAGCCAGGGUGAGGAGAUUAAGGGUUUGCUUGCUAGCAAUGCGGCGAGAUGCAGUGGCGACAGCAGCUGCUUAUUGAUUUUUGGAGGUUGAUUAAGCGCACAGUGGGCGCGAACAGAAAGAGGGAGAUGUAACUGUUGGAAAAACCAACCAACGUAUAGACUACUUUUCUGGCGUUUCUAGCUGAGUAGCGGGCUUACGAUUUUGAUGCUGCCUAAGGAAAUUCCAUACCACCUGUGGUCGCGUCUAGGGAGUACCUGGCGACGACGAGCUGCAUGCCAAAAAAUCCUUUUCGUAGGCAAUAAUUUGAGGCAACGUUUCAAAACAUUAGCUGCGUGUAGUAACAGGCAUAUACCACUGGACGGUAAAAAUGAAGGGAUGAGCAAAACCCUGUGUGUUUUUAUGAGCUGCUAAAUGGCGUGGGUAUUUUAAUGUGUCGGGAAAUAGAGUUUCUCUACUUUGGUCCUCUGAUGCUCUGUGUCGACGUCCGAAUUUUCAGUUUUGCUCCGCACAUAAUCACCGAUGUUCUCCGUGGGACUUGAGUGACCCUUAUAGCAGUCCAUCAGUAUUAUUUUUCCAAUUGCAGAAAUACGGUUGUAUGUCUAUCUGUAAUUUAUAAAUAAUCUUAUCACAUGGAAAAAUGAUUUUCUGAGUACAACGCUGUCAUCUCAUGUCAAAGGAGUGGGUAGCGUCGUCAGUGUUUCAUUAAUUUCUGGCGUUGACAAAGGCAAACUGCAGUAAACGCUCAAUCUUUAUUCGUACUCACUACUUACUACAUGAACGUAUUGUCAUGCUUUUCACCGUCUCCAGUUAGUCCCCCAUUUUUUUUCAUUAUUUCACUUAUUAUACUGGCGUGACAACGUUAGCGUUAAGGCAGAAGGCUACAUUAGACUGCAAAUCACAGCACUACUUUUCAACAUGCAGUGCUUAGCAACCGGACUCGUUAGGGCAACCACGCUGCCACAGGACUUAAGAUAGUCCAGAUCCCCGUUGAUAGGUUUUGAGUUCGGCGGGUUAAUGCAAGUGAACUCCCAGGCCACGUUAACCGUAACUUUUGCCCCGACUCGGUGAAUAUGUCCAAAAAUCCAGAAAUUCAACUUACUUCUCAUUACCUUUUUUCCGUAAACCUGUCCCUAUAUUUGGAAACGCUGUGCCCAGGCGUUCCCACUAUUUGUAGAUGGCCAAAUUCCCUGCAUGAAACAUCAGCACACAAGUAUACCCCUCCUGUUGGUUGCAUAGCUUGCUAAGCCACUCCUAUAAGAAAUAUUUUCUAACAUAGUCUGCCACUGUAUUCGGGGUCUUUAAAAUAACUCUAAUGUGAACGUUUGGAAUGUUCAAUUGUUCCGAUAGCAUCAUGUGUUUUUAAGUUGUCGGGCGCUCUACAAAGGGUAACUCCAAAUUUACGGAACUCCUAUAAGAAUGUAUUCUUGCGUAGACUGCAGUGUGGAUUUAAAUCAUUUUGGAAAAACAUUACUGUCCUUUUAUUCUCAGCCUUUAAAGUAUCCCGAUCUUGGAGGUUUAAAAUUUCCAAGCAACCUGAUCACAUGAAGUUUUACCUUGUCGGGUAACCUAUCUAAUGUAGGAGGAAUUCAUGAAUUACCUGAACGGCAAGGAUCGGGAGAAGGACCCCAAGCAAUUUGUGUCAUACAAGGAAUACCUACUAUACUUUUUAAAUGAGUUUCAGUCCGACACGAUUACUCCGGUUUGGUGCUUCAUCGUCCAAAUAUGGGUCGUCUAUUGUAGACGGUGUGGUGCACUAUCUAUAAUGACCUCAUCUCAGACAGUUGAGAAGCGAUCGUUGUAGACACUUAACGUUUAUUUUUUUAAUUGUUCUUCUUAAUUUCGGUUGUUAUAUGUCAAUGCAAUAAAACCUUCCUACCCGAAAAACGUAUUUACCAAUUAUCUACACUUAUUCUGCCAUUCCUCUAUACAUACAUAGGUCCCACCAGGUAAAACCCCCUAUUACCACUUUUCCCGUAAGACAGGCACCUUUGGCUGGUCGUGUAUGUUUGGGGUCCCUCACCCAAUCGCUGCCAACUGAACUACCGAAAAACUCGAAAAUCCACGGUGACGGAAAGGACAUGGUUACCGAAAAUCCCUGCAGUUUUUAGUAUCAGUAUGUUUCAGCAAAGUGAAACGUGACUUAUUCAUGCAAAGUGCCAAGUUUUAGGAAAGGUACACAAUACAACUCCCUCUCUGAAAACAUCAGGAAAACACAGUCCGUAUUUGCAUAAGGCCGAAAUAAAUUUUCCCACCUUUUCUUUGCCUGCGCCAGAUGAGAAUAAGUAUUUCUCAAUUUCCAGGCCGUCUCCGUGGACAGCAAGGGCAGAAUUUACGUCGCUGACACAAAGGCCUGUACAGUGUGCUACUUUAAACCAACAGGGCGCUACUUGGGACAGUUUGGGUCUCGCGGCACAGGUGACAACCAGUUCAGUGGGCCCGUUGGAAUUGCAAUAGAUUCCGCCGAUCGUAUUUACGUCACUGACACUCCAGCCCACUGCAUCAAAGUCUUCGAGAAUGGAGGAGAGUUUCUCUACAAAUUUGGAAGCAAUGGACUGGAACCGGGUUGUUUUCACUUACCUAUCUACCUCUGCUUCGACUCCAAUGACUUGCUCUACGUUAGUGACUCGGGUAAUAGCCGAAUUCAAGUAAGUCAUCGAAAUUUUCGAAACCAGAACCCAUGAAAUAAAUAGUUGUGCAUUCGCAUAAUCGCUAUGCUUCCUGUUAAGAUGUGUCCACGCGACAUGACAGAAAGUACCCCAUCUUCAAAGACAGAUAGAAGUUUGCUUAAGCCAGUCAUCUUCAACCUCCAACUGUGCUAAUGAAAACCGCUGACAAGUAAACCGUUUGAGGACUUCUGAUAUCUGCAGAGAUGCCCCUGAAAUGUAAUACUCAGCGGCACUUAGUCCCAUGAUUUCCCAUCUCAUAGUUAGCCCGUAGACUUAAAGUUAUAAAAUAAUCGAGUUUUUCGGAUGGACUGUUUGACUGCGUCCUAGAAACUGAAAAUAAGCAAAGUAAAUCAUGUUAGCAAUAUCUUACAUGUUUGUUUUAAUUAGACAAGUCUUCUGAGCGCAACAAAGAACAAGGCCUGUGUUCACGAGUGUGUUGAGCAGUCUGGCCCACAAUUGGGUCCGCAUGCGACAACAAGGCAAUCUAUAUAUUCAUCGCAGUGAAAAAAUGGUACCCAAGUUUGGGGGCAAUUGAAAUAAUUAAAUUUUAAUUACGGCCCCAAAGAGAUAAACAAUUUGACCGUCCGUUAGAUAGGGCCUACCCAAGUAAACAGUAAACAAGAAAAAUAAUUUGUUUUGCGAAAUCCGGUGUAGUCCCUAGUGCAGUGGAAAGUGACCGUCUGACCAAUCAGUACAUGGAGAUGCAUUAUCUAGAAAGGUAGAGGGAACCGAAAUCACCAUUCAUGGUGUGUUAGCUGCCGUCCCAAUUUUCAGGUGGAUGGUGGCCCAAGUUUGCAUUGGGGCACUUUUAGACAAUCCGAACUAACUUUAUUCCGAUGUUCAGGUUUUUGACAAUCACGGUCAGUUUCUUCGGUUGCUGACCACCCCUCUGGACCUGCUAAACGAGCCAACUGGGAUUGCAGUUUCACUGGCUGAACAAAUGGCCGUCGUGGUGGACUCGGGGAACUUCUGCAUCAAGGCCUUUCAAAUGUGUGAUCCGGCUGCCGCAGCAAUGAGCAGUAGCAAAUCCGAACGUCAAAAACCGCCCGCAUAA